AUGACUGUUGUCAAGCAGCUGUUGUGUCAUCCUCCCGUCCAGCAGAUGUCGCAAACUCACAGCGUGUUACAUAAAACAACAGAGGAAGAAGAAGAGAAGCUCACAAAACGAGUAGUAAUGUUCAUCAUGAGAGAUCAGAUGGAUGUGAUGUGCUCUAAAUCAGUAGGAACUGAUCUGUCCAUGCUGGAUAUUGAUGAUUUGAUGACAGAAAUCUCUCAGCUGAAGAAAGAGGUGGUGUUACUGGAGUCAAAGCUCAGACAGAGAGAUGAACUCAACACAAAGGAUGUAUCUGGUGUCUCUCUGUGUGGCUUUACUGAUCAAACAUCUACAGAUCUUCUGGUUUCUGUCUGUAAUGAAGACCAGAAGACAUCAGUGAAUCUGCUGGACUGUGGGAUAGAAGUGAAACAAGAAGACACAGAAGCAGAUGAAGGUGAUUUGAUUUAUUCAGAUCAGAAAGCGGUAAAUGAGGAAAUUUCACAACUCAAUGAAAUGGCGGAGAAACCUCAUCAUUUGAUACCCAAGGAAGAAUCUCUGAGCUGCUUGAGUACUGGAAGAAAUUUGUCACCUAAAAGGAACAAAAAGCAAAAGGCAAAUGCCAGAGAUCCUCUUAUUUGCACUCAGUGUGGAAAGACCUUCAGUAAAAAACGUAAACUUAAUCAGCACAUGAAACUUCACACUAGAAAAGAGCCUUACAGAUGUGAUCUUUGUGGAAAGAGCUUCAGGGGUACAUGGAACUUUAAUCAGCACAUGCAAAUUCACACCGGAGAAAAGCCUUACAGAUGUGAUCAGUGUGGAAAGCGCUUCAGGGGUACAUGGAACUUUAAUCAGCACAUGCUAAUUCACACCGGAGAAAAGCCUUACACAUGUGAUCAGUGUGGACAGAGCUUCAUUCGUAAGUUCCAUCUAAACAGGCACAUGCAAAUUCACACUGGAGAAAAGCCUUACAGUUGUGAUCAGUGUGGAAAGAGCUUCAUUCAUAAGUGUAAUCUCAACAGGCACAUGCAAAUUCACACUAGAGAAAAGCCUUACAGCUGUGAUCAGUGUGGAAAUAACUUCUUUCGUAAAUCUCAUCUUAACAGGCACAUGAGAAUUCACACUGGAGAAAAGCCUUACAGAUGUGAUCAGUGUGGCAGGAGCUUCAUUCGUAAGUCCAUUCUCACAAGGCACAUGAGAAUUCACACUGGCGAAAAGCUUUAAAAAGCCCCUACAUCUCUCUCUGAUUUUUACAUUUGAAGAGUUCAGAUGCAAAAGCCACCAAACGCCACCUCCAUCAAUUAUGAGAUAAUAAAAUAAACGGAAUGCUCUUGGCAAGUAUGAUACAUUCAUCAAAUACUUCUACUUCUGCUUGGCUUAAUCCCAGCUUCAGGGUAUUCAGAAAUACCAGUUUGUUGGCAGAAUUCAUUAAGAGUCUGAUAGAAAUGAACACUGGGUUACAGUUAGAUGUCGAUGUGGACAUGUUACACACAUUUGCAAACUGCCCGCCCGCUGACUAAAAAGAUGGCUAAACGGGCAGUCACACUACACUUCUUAUUACAUUGACUUCCAUUCAUACGGAUGCGAAUGCAUCAGACCUAUAAUGCAUGCUAGUGCACGAAUAUUUUGCUGCAUACCACAGUUCAAGUCUGGUAACGUUCAGCAGACUCCAUGUUAGUGCGUUAUAUGCAAGGGGAGGCAACUGAGUGAUGACCUGCUGGCUAGGGCGCAGAACAAUGAGGCAAGAUAUUCUCUCUUUGUAUUUAAAGUCAAACAGCAAACAAAACUGGAGUUACCUUAAGUAAACUGUCUGUAUAUCUGUACAUCUGUCUGUAAGUCCUCUACACUUUAUUUGAGUUUUCAAAUCAUGAAGACAUGAUGCAUAUUUCUUGAAAAAAUUUUUUUAAUUAUUCUGCUAAGUAGUUUGUCUGUUUAACUUCCAGUGGCAGCUGAUUUGUAUGGAUAUUUAAGGUAUAAAAAGGUAUUGAAAUACAUAUGAAUAUAUCCAUAGUCUAAUAUAUAACUUUAUACUGUAUAUUGGUUCAGUAAGAGGGGAAUUCCUCUUCAUACCCAGCUUAUAUAAAAACAAAAGUUUUCUAGGUGUUCAUCUGUAGUUUUUACAGUAAGGGUUUUUGCAAUGUAGUGUUGUUGUUUUUUUUAUUUUACUUUUUGGAGAAACCAAAACUGUUAUCCUGUGAUAUCCCAAAAAGGUGGUGUUUUAAAUAAAUGACUGCAUACACAACAACAACAAAUUUGACCUGCCUUGAAAUGUUUAACACAUGGUUUUGCAUAAUUUUUUGGAUUUCUCCUUUAAACGAAUAAAUACAGUGUUUGAUA